GAAGAUAAUUGAGAACCUGCAUAUCCCGCCGGUACCGGAAGAGCUUAAGCCCUAAAUCUCAAUUUGGUUGAUAUUCUUGGCUGAAGGAUGCAAGUAUCCGUGACGAUUACAGCCUCAAAACUGUCAUCUCCGCACCCAUUUCAUCAACUCACAGCACCAUACAUAUCUGUAAAGCAACAUUCUUCCCUUCAGAAUCCAAUCAACAAGCUUUCGUCGUCCUCGGGAAGUAGGCAUGUGGAGCCUCUCCAAGCAGUCAAAAGUACUGGAAUCCUAACCGCAAUUGGACAUGCCAUCGAAGAAGAAGAGUAUAGGAAAGCUAGGGCCGAUGUUCACCGCAAAAAAAUUGAGGCAGAGGACUAUUCCAUCGAGGGUAUUUCAAUCGGCGGCCACGAGACUUGCGUCAUUAUCCCAGAAUUGAAGUCGGCUUUCGAUAUCGGAAGGUGCCCCGCCAGAGCUGUUCAACAGAAUUUCCUCUUCAUUACUCAUGCCCAUCUAGAUCAUAUUGGUGGGUUACCAAUGUACGUAGCAACUCGUGGUUUGUUCAAUUUGAAGCCUCCUACAGUAUUCGUGCCUUCAUGCAUAAAAGAUGAUGUUGAGAAAUUGCUUGAUGUUCAUAGGACAAUGAGUCAGGUGGAGUUAAACAUUGAUUUAGUUGCACUCGAUAUAGGGGAAACAUAUGAAUUGCGGAAUAACCUAGUUGCCAGACCUUUCAAAACCCAUCAUGUCAUACCUAGCCAGGGUUACGUUAUUUAUUCAGUACGAAAUAAGCUGAAGAAACAAUACACGCAUCUAAAUGGUAAACAAAUUGAGAAGUUGAAGAAAUCUGGCGUCCAGAUCACAGAUACAAUAUUAUGUCCCGAGGUUGCUUUCACAGGCGAUACAACUUCGGAUUUCCUUCUUGAUCCUCGCAGUGCAGAUGCCUUGAGGGCAAAAGUUCUUAUAACCGAGGCAACAUUUCUGGAUGAAGAAAUGAGCAUUGAGCAUGCAAGGGAACAUGGCCAUACUCAUUUGUUCGAGAUCAUGAAGAAUGCUCAAUGGAUCAGGAAUAAAACGAUUCUCUUGACUCAUUUCUCUCCUCGUUACAGUAUCGAGGACAUUCGCGGGGCAGUAUCAAAGUUGCAGUCUAAGCUACCAUCGUCCAAAGUGAUUGCUUUGACAGAAGGAUUCAAGUCGAUGUAUUCUUCUUAGUUGACAAAGCUUGUGCUUAUAGACUUAAAACAAUUCAUUAUUAUUGUACCAUUAGCAACUGUAUUACCACAAAUGUAAACAAUUUUCAAAAAAUGAACUUUAAAAUAUAUGUAGCGUUAUUUUAGUA